UGUGGGAUAGAAGAGAGUUGAAGUUGCUUGGACAUUAAUUGGAGUAAUUUGGUUGGUGGGGUUUCUCUCUGCAGCUGGACUACUUGCACACACAAGUGAGGCCUGCCGUGAUCCAUCGAGAUGUCAAGUCCGCUAACAUCUUACUGGAUGAUGAGUUCAAUGCAAAGCUCGGGGACUUCGGUUUCUCGAAGCUUGUUGAAAAUGAGGACGCAUCGCACGUAUCGACAAUGAAUGUUCGGGGGACACGAGGCUAUCUAGAUCCUGAAUACAAUGCGCUCCAUCGCCUCACAGAGAAGAGCGAUACGUUCAGCGUCGGUGUUGUUUUCUUAGAGCUCAUCAGUGGAAAGCCACCAUUGUUUCCAACCAAAACGAAUGCGGAGAUGGCACUUCCAGAAUGGGCACGAGCACAUUUGCAAAAGAAUCAAGUCAAUGCGAUUAUCGAUUCAAAUCUUCCUGCCGGAUCUUAUUCCAUGGAUUCCUUAUGUCCAUUUGCGCACAUUGCGAUGCGAUGCUGCGAGCCAUACGGGGCUCAUCGUCCAGAGCUAUCCGAGUUGCUUGCCACUCUGACAAAGGCCAACAAAUGCCAAGCUGAGUGGGCAAAGAGUCACCGAGGGCAGGGGCCAUCAAGGAGAGUACCUCGACGGUAAAAAAAACAAAAAAAAAACAAUGCUCAGCUCGACAGUGAUGACAGCGGAAAAGUCGACAACGAUGACUGUCUCGCAGAUUAAUUGCUCGGCGCAGCUGGAGUUUUCUGUACAUCCGCUCUGCUAUCAGGCUGCAGCGACCCAGAGAUUGACGGAGAGAUUGCAUGCCUUAGGGCAUUGCUUCACUGCACAACAGUACAUGCAUUUGUACGCUUUUCUGGACCAGCUGCGUUUGGAUGAGUAGGGCGUCGCUCAGCUCUACACAACACUACAUGCAUUUGGAUGUUUUCUGGACCAGCUUCAUUUGGACGAGUUCAACAUUGUGGAGUGCAUGGGGUCCAGAAAAUGUCCAAAUGCAUGUAGUGUUGUGCAGUGGAGUGAGGCCUUUUAGCUUCUUCUGUAGCGAGUUAUCGAUGCCCUCUCUCUCUAAUAUUUACACACAGACACACAGAGGGCGGUGACAAGCAGCACUAUCAGAUGGAUCUCAUAGCUUCUUAUCGGGUGUGUAGUGGCAUGGAUGCGCUCUGCUCCUAUAGCCUGCAGGGACGCAGAGAUUGACAGACAGCUCUUCUCUGGCGCAAAUAAUGACAUCAACAGAGCAGGAAGAUGAACAAGAGAGGGAGCUCCACUCCACCUCAGAUGAAUCGCUCAACUCAGCUGGUGUGCCGAGCCAUCUUCAAACUGUGCUAUGAGCCUGUAGAGACCAAGAGACCGACAGCUAGCUCUGCUAUGAUGUAAACAAGAAUGAUGAGCAGGAGGGGGGACACGGUAGAAAUCAAAUCCAUCUGGGAUGGAUUGCUCGUCUCCCUGGGUGUACAGGGCCAUCUCUGCGAUCUGCUGUCAGCCUGUAGAGGCCCAGAGAGUAUCAGAUGGCUCCGCAUUCUGGUGCAGCAGGAAAGGGGAAUAUAAUUGCCACCGUGCCAAACAACCACUCUUCGUCGCAAAUAAGACUUUUGAUAGUUACAUGGGAGAAGUAGGUUAGGCGGUGGUUUGCAGCAACGAAACACUUCCUGAAGUUUCAUAGGGUUCAGAAAUGGCUGAGCAUCUGUCCCUUAGAAGUAUGUCUCUUGAGGAGCUCAUGUGCUUCUGCCAGAGAAGCAUGGCUCUCGACAGGUUGCUGUGCUUGUGGAGAUGGUCUCCUUGGCUGCUGUUAGAGACAUUGUCAUGACCCGUAGGUGUUGGUGAAGGAGUUUUAUGGCCUCCUCAUGGCAGUUGUCAGUCUGACAAGAUUGGCAUAAGAUCGACAGGGUGGAGCUUCUCGGGGAAGACUUAGAGGGCGUUCAUUUUGUCAGUUUGAACUUCGAAUCUACCAGGAUGUUCCCCCAUGCUGUCUGCUGUGGUGUUGGCUAGCGCUUGCUAGUGGACACUGGACAUAGGGAGUGUGAGCCUUUGUCAUUUUUGCACCCUUCCCAGCAUUGCUUCUCCUGCUAUUGGGUGUAGGAGAGCGAGAGAGAGCCUUUGUGAAGUCCUCGCCUUUUGCAUUGCAUCGUCUCGCACGCUUCCCAGCAUUGCUUCUCUGCUAUUGGGUGUAGGAGAGUGAGAGAGGCUCUUUGCCAAGUCUGCACCUUUUGCAUUGCAUCGUCUCGCAAAGGCUAAGAAGGUAUAUUGUCAGUGGCAGCGGUGAAAUUGUCCAAAAAAACCUGCUUGAAAAUUGAGAUCCCAAAUUUCAAAUUUGCCCCUCAUUAGUUGUUUAGGGUCUAGAGGACCUCUGACAUCGCAGCAUGCUUGCUGUCGAACUCCAUAUUUCCAAUGAGCUUAUAUAACCUUAUUCAUAUUUCAUAUGGAGGCUGCUGGCCAUUGAAUAAAACCAUGUGGUACAGGAUGGGUCCUAUCCGUGAGCCGAUUAUCUGGUUCUGAAAUAUAUGGAGGCUGCUGGCCAUUUAAUAAAACCAUGUGGUACAG